GAGCCAAAAUAGGCUGUCUUAAUAGUGUCAGCGAACGCACGCCCUCUGUCCAUAACCUGUUGAACGAAACAGCGGACGCUGAAGUCGGGUUUGAUGACUUUAGGGUACUCAGAGCGAUCGGACGGGGCGCAUUUGGGAAAGUAUGUAUCGUGGAAAAGAAAGAUACAAAGCAAAUGUAUGCAAUGAAAUACAUGAGCAAGGCAGUCUGCAUCGAGAAAGAUGCUGUUCGAAAUGUGCUUCGAGAAAUGGACAUCUUGAUGAAGUUGGACCAUAGUUUUCUUGUAAAUUUGUGGUUCACCUUCCAAGAUGAGGAAGAUCUCUUUGUUGUUGUCGACUUACUGCUUGGAGGGGACUUUAGGUACCAUCUUCAACAGGGAAUCAAAUUUAGCGAGGAUGUUGUGAGGUUUUACAUAGGGGAGAUUGCAUUGGCGUUGGAGUACUUGAGAAGUCACAGGAUAAUCCACAGGGACAUCAAACCAGACAAUUUGCUGCUUGAUGUGAAGGGUCAUGUACAUCUUACAGAUUUUAAUGUUGCUACGGUGAUGGAAGAUGACAACACUCUGGCAACAUCAAUGUCUGGAACAAAGCCAUAUAUGGCUCCUGAGAUUUUUAAAACCUCGCUUGGUAAACAACGUGGAUAUUCCUAUGAAGUUGAUUGGUGGAGUCUCGGGAUCUCAAUUUUUGAGAUCUUGAGAGGAAAGAGACCUUAUCACAUCAAUUCGAAUACAAAUUUAUCCGACGUCAUUCAGAUGUUUGAGUCGUCUUGUCUGAUGUGCCCUUCUUCUUGGACAAAAAACUUCAAAAAUCUUAUUCAAAAGCUUCUACACAUCGAUCCUAAGAUAAGGCUGAACACUGUCGAGCAACUCAAGGAAUGUGAAUUAAUGCGGUCGCUUGAUUGGGAAUCAUUGUCCAGAAAAGAAAUCAGCGUUCCGUUUAUACCCUCUAAAGACCAUUUAAACUGUGAUCCGACCUAUGAGCUCGAGGAGAUGAUCAUCGAGCCGAAUCCACUUCACAAGAAAAAGAAAAGGCUGGCGAAACAAAACAGCAAUAAAGUUUGUACUGGUAAUGUCGUGUUAACUCCGAUGCAGAUGAAAUUGGAAACUCUGAACCGAAAGUUUAUACCAUAUAACCGUGAAAGAGAGAAACAUAUCAAGGAACAAAGGAAUUUACAUAAUUUUGACGAUGACAAAAUUCCGGAGGAAAGUGAAACUGUGGAGACGGUGGAGUUGCAAAAUGGAGUAGGCACGAAAGAAAAAGCACAAACAAAUUUUCUAGAGGAGAAAAGUUCAUGUCAUGAAGAUGAGAUGAAGCUGGUUGCUGAUGUAAAAGAUCCCGAAAAGGUGAGUGAAGAGACUAAGGUUAAGGGAGAAUGUUUGUCUGAAAGCCAAGCGCCGGAGAUCCCUGGAAUCAACGGUAAAAGUUUGGCGGGAAAAGUAAGCAAAGAUGCGGAGGUCGAGAGGAAAAGUUGGCCGAGGGAAAGCGAGCGAGAUGAACUUAGAUUUAAAAGAAAAAGCUUUCCCAAUGAGAAAGCGAGGUUGAUAGAAUUAGCCACAGAGCGGGCGAAAAGGCAAUCAGACAUUGUCAUUGAGCAAUCAGAAAACAAUGAAAAUAAAGAGAUUGUAGAUAAGACUAUGGAAAGAAAGGAGUCGGUGAAAGAAGACAAGGAAUCGUUGUUGCAGAACGACCAAGUCGAUGCAGAAAGUCAAAAAAACCACACUGUCCCAACAAUCUAAAACAAGAUGUACCGAUAUUCUGAUGAGAAAUGUCUUGCCAAGCUCUUUGACGUUCCUGGUUCCCCAAAGAAUUGUAAAUUUUAUGUUUAUUUCUAAAUUGAAUAGUUUAGUCGUUCUAUACAUACGGACCCGUACCGGGCCCAGUUUUAAUUUAAGAUGAUAAUUAUUUACUCGAUAUGGCUGUACAGCAAUACUCUGCCUCUGGUCCAUGUACUUUAGUCUUUACGCCACGAGCCUCAUUCUUAUCAAAACCCCUAGUUGUAUGAAAUCUGUGGCGUAAUCCUAUGAGAGAGAUGUAUUGUAAUUUUACUUGCAAAUACUUUUAUGAUAAGAAAUGUAGCUAUACACGGUGUUCUAAAAAAGGACUAAAAUUUCGUGAAUCUUUCUAAUGUUAUCAUUUUAUUAGUCGCUCCGCUAAGCUUGGACACAAAAUUCCGUGAAACAUUUUGCAUUACCACUGCAGUAUUGCAUAUUUAGUGCGAUAACUGGCAAUAGUCAAUAGAUUGAUUUCAAAUGCCUUUUCUGGGACACCUUGUAUGGAUGGGUUAAUAAGUAUGAAUCUUGAUAUCAUGCAUCGAAUGGCAGUCAACUUCCAGUUUUCAGAACGAAAUAGUAAAGAAAUUGUUUAGUAAAAUGUAAAGUAAUUUGAAAACCCGGAAGUAUAUACGGAAAAGAUGGUAAGUGGACCUUUUUCCAAAACGUGAGUCGUCCGAAAUUUAGUUAACUAGGCACUAAAUCACCAAAAUGACUUGUGUAUAUCGGCCAUCUUUACUGUACUGAAUACCUGGGAUAUACAUCCCCAUUUUCGGCUGGGGAAGUCGAUAACCAUUCGUUGUAAAAAGCUCGUGAAUUUCACCUGACACCUCGACUUGAAGAAAGCACUAUGUGCUAAAAAAUUAUUCGAGCUGUUACAUAGUAAAAUGAAUUAAGAAAUUGAAAUAAAAGGUUAGUAAAUGC